GGCCCGAAUGAAAGGCGUUGGGGGUCCGGCCCGAGGCCCGCUCGUGUGGAAGUCGUCGCAGCCACCGCUCGCCCGCCCUCCUGCCCGUCCUUCCCUCCCGGCCGCCAUCAUGCUGGCGCUCAUCUCCCGCCUGCUGGACUGGUUCCGCUCGCUCUUCUGGAAGGAGGAGAUGGAGCUGACGCUUGUGGGGUUGCAGUACUCGGGAAAGACCACCUUCGUCAAUGUCAUCGCGUCAGGUCAAUUCAGUGAAGACAUGAUACCUACAGUGGGCUUCAACAUGAGGAAAGUAACUAAAGGUAACGUCACAAUAAAGAUUUGGGACAUAGGAGGUCAACCCCGAUUCCGGAGCAUGUGGGAACGGUAUUGCAGAGGAGUCAAUGCUAUUGUUUACAUGAUAGAUGCCGCAGAUCGUGAAAAGAUAGAAGCCUCUCGAAAUGAAUUACAUAAUCUUCUAGAUAAGCCACAGUUACAAGGAAUUCCAGUCCUAGUACUUGGAAACAAGAGAGAUCUUCCCAAUGCCUUGGAUGAGAAACAGCUAAUCGAAAAAAUGAAUCUGUCUGCUAUUCAGGAUAGAGAAAUUUGCUGCUAUUCAAUUUCUUGCAAAGAAAAGGAUAAUAUAGAUAUCACACUUCAGUGGCUUAUUCAACAUUCAAAAUCUAGAAGAAGCUGAAGCACCUCCUGAAGUCUUCCAGUCCUUCUUGGCUAUAAUCCUAGAAUUAUUGUCCGUUCCUCUGAAGUACUUCCCAGAAUACGGUCCUUCCUAAACCCAAGAAAUUGCCUUUUUCAGAGUUUAUUUCUCAUGUGCACUGCUGAAGAUGUGUGUCCCUAAUCCUUCAUAAAGAUUCAGCUAGAGUUGUCAUGAUAGAGUCAGCACACACAAAAAGGCUGUUACACAUACUUCAACAGUGUGUAGAGCUUUUUAACACACUUUUGACCAUCUUAAAUCAAGAAGAUUGCAUAUUUCCAUUCUGGUCUUUCUGGGCCAGAUUUUUAUAUUCGUUUUCAGUAAAUGUCUAUCUAUAAAAUUUCAUUAGAGUCCAGUAGCUUAAUAUUGAUACUGACUUGAUACAGCAUGAAGUUUCUAGUGCCACACACAGUAUUUAGAAAACCUUUAAGCCUGACUCAUGUGGGAUAGAAACAUAAUCUUUGUCUUAUCUCACAAAUGCAUGUGAAACGUAUUUACACCUUAGGAAUUACAAGUGGUCUGCAAAGAGUGCGUGAGGCAACAGAUCAGUGUUGUUGGUUCUUUACACCGGUGAGAUUCUACCUGAUGAAUUUUAAAACCAUUCUGCUCUCUGAGAAUUCUUUAUUGCCAGAUAGCAGUUGGGGAUACGGGAGGAACUGAAGCAUGCUGUGUUGUAUCUGUCCAGAUCAUCACGUCUUUUCUUUUUUUUAUUUUUUCCUUUUCUUUUUUUCUUUCCUGGUUCAACACACUUUUUUAAGGGGUUAGGAAUUGAAGAUUUUCUCAAAAGCUUUCAUGAAUUUAGAGCAUUCCAGCCAAUCUAAUCAAACCUGUCAAGAACGUCAGACUUUGUUCAAACACCUGCCUGUUCUUUCUAUCUCCAGUGCUGCUGCAUGACAGACACUCUUAACUCUCGACUUUUUAUAUCUAGUCAUACAGUUGACUUUCAGCACAAAAGAUACUUAUAAACAAAUAAAAAUUCUUAUUUUUCUCUCUUAUUGAUGUAAGGUUUGGCACUCUUUUGUCUGGUGCCAUUAGACAUCUUGAUUAUUGUGACAACUCUAGACUUGCCUGCUUUAGCUAAUGUAAUCACGUGCAACGUCUACAGGUUGUUUAAUAAUCAAACGGCAAAGAGAACUGAAGAACCAAUGCUGUUUUUUGUUUGCUUCUAUGAUACAGAGGUGUAUAAAAAUGUAAAACGAACAUGUUUUGUAGUUUGUUGAUCGCCAUAAACAUAAAGGGACAUAGUAGUACGGUUCAUUGUAAUCUGUUACUCGUACAGACCACCGUAGUAGAUACAGCCCUAUGGUUCACCUGCUUGCGUGUUGCUUCACACCGUGUGUGAUUUCGUUUCUUUUGUUAAGCAGCACUUACGUAGACGGUGCAUUUCCAACUGUGUUGAACACUCAUCAACAGUAAGUUCUUUUAAGGAAUACCACUUUUAAUUUAUAGACUGCCAUGGCCUUAAGAAAAUAUUCUGUACAAAGUACUGCACUGUGUUGCACAGACACUACUUGUUUAUUCUUGUUUUCCUCCAUUCACAUUUUUAUGAUUAGAAUCUGGGCUUUCAAAGUUCUCUUCUUAAUCUUCGAAGCAUGUUGCAUACUUCCCUGAUGGGAUGGAUGGUUCUACAAAUGAAGGGAUAUUUAAACUGGCUACUGUAGUUCACCCCAUUCAUGGGAUUGGGAACCAUUACAAAGAAUGUGGCAACUUGCUUGUGCCUAUGAGGAGGAAUCAGAACUAGAACGUGUGACUAUGUGAGGACUGCAGGGGUUUGUGAAGACCUACACCUUACUGUGUUUAUGUGUCUCUUCAUUGCUUUCAGCAUUUCAAGACAUCAGACGCUACUGCCACCAUUUUCCUGUGCAUUAACCUCUGCAUGUGAAAACUUAACAGUUACUGAACUUUGUAAAUACGUGGAUUUUUUUUUUUUAAUUUAGGUGGAUGCAUUUUUUUGUCUGUUUACUGCUCUUCUCAGCUUUAUUCAAUAAACUUGCAUUUUGAGGGUUG